AUGCAAAAUAGGGAACAAGAUGACCCAAUAUGCUUGGACGACAUAAGUUUACUUGAUGAAGAUUGUGGUCUAGGCACAUCUGAUGGGGAUAAAACGUAUGAGAGUGCUCAAGUUAUUAACAACAGUCUAGAGGGUGUUGUGCCCAAUGUUGGAAUGUGGUUUCAAAGUGCAAAAGAGAUUAAGAGUUUCUACAAGCAACAUGCUGUCAAAUGUGGUUUUGGUGUUCAAACUCGUAUAUCAAAAAAAGAUGAUGAUAAUCAGUUGUGUUACCUCAAAUUAGUUUGCUCAAGGGAAGGAAAGUACGUCUCCCAAAUCCCGCCAGAAUUGAAGACCCACCCAGCCCAAACAAGACAAUGUCUAGCAUGCUUAACAGCAAAGCAAACACUUGAUAUUAACAACGAGGCUGGUGUACAUUUGAACAAGACAUUUAGGUCGUUGGUUGGUCAUAUGGGAGGUUUUGACAAUUUACAGUUUCUUGAGCGAGAUGCAAGGAACUACAUCGGACAACAAAGACGAGUUUUUAGCAAGGAGGGAGAUAAGCAUGCUUUGAUGCAACAUUUCUCAAGAAUGAGGGAGUUGAAUAAUUCCUUCUAUUAUGAAAUUGACACUGAUCCUGAAAAUAGAAUCAUUAAUGUGUUUUGGGAAGAUGCAAGGAGUAGAGCUGCGUUAGUGGACUUUGGUGAUGUCAUCUCAUUCGACACUACAUACCUCACCAACAAAUACGACAUGCCAUUCGCACCCUUUAUUGGUGUUAACCAUCAUGGCCACUCAAUUCUACUUGGAUGUGGGUUGCUCUUAGAAGAUACAUCAACUUUCACAUGGCUCUUUCAAUGCUGGUUAAGGUGCAUGGGGAAUAGAGCACCAGAUGGCAUCAUAACUGACCAAUGCAAAGCAAUGAAAAAUGCUAUUGCUAUUGUAUUUUCCAACACCAGGCAUCGCUGGUGUUUGUGGCACAUCAUGAAGAAAGUCCCCGAAAAGUUGGGUGGAUUGACAACGUACAAGACCAUAAAACAUGCUUUGAAACAAUUGGUGUAUGAGUGCACCUCGACUAUUAAUUUUGAGCUAGGUUGGGAACAAUUCAUAUCCAACUUUGACUUACAUCAUAACGAAUGGCUUUCAACGCUUUACGAGGAAAUAAGUAGAUGGGUUCCUUGUUAUUUGAAGUCUCAAUUUUGGGCUGGUAUGUCCACCACUCAAAGAACUGAGGGUAUGAAUGCCUUCUUUGAUGGUUUCAUAAAUUCAACCACAACAUUGAAAUAA